UCACCCAAUCUCUGCCAAAAUGGCGGCGUCUGCGAGGAGACCACUCUGGGACCCAAGUGUCACUGCCAUCAGGGCUGGCACGGCCUCUACUGCCAGUACGACAUCGACGAGUGCCAACUGUCGGCACCGGUGUGCAUGACGCCGGCCACCUGUAUCAACCUGCCCGGCACUUUCCGGUGCAUAUGUCCCGUGAAUAGCACCGGUAUCUCGUGCACCGGAGAGGGACUGUACGCCACGAACAUCAUAUCGUCUCAAUUGCACAUAACGCUCGACGAGAUAAUCGGCAUUUUGGUGGUGCUGUCGGUGCUGGCGGUAACCGGCUUUGUAUUCGCCGUAUGCAUGAAAUGCAAGCACAAGUCGCAAACGCACCGCCCCUUCAAUAAUAGGGAUCAAAGUCAACGGCUGCUGAAGAACGAGAUCAACGUUCAGCUGAAGAGGCACUCGAAGAUGAGUAACUUCGAGAUGAGUCACACGAGUAGGCCAUUGCUCGGCCAAAGGCCCACCUCUUGCGCCGAUCCGCUCCAGACGCUCAACAACUUCAACGUUGAGGACAGGAGUGGCGAUGAGUUGGAGACCAAUAUAUGCGCUGAGAAUAUGCGGCAAAACUUCCAGAAGAAGAGCGCUCCCAUCGCCAGCGUUUCGCCGCAAAUGAUUGACUCAAAUGCAAAGUCCGCGUCAAAAAAGGACUCUAAAAAGCAGAUUAAAAUACUUAACGAUGCCAAACCCUCGGCGUGUAAGGCGUCGACACCUCUGACGAGAGUCUCGUUCGGCGACUCGGAUUCAAACGUGUUCACUGAAGAGCAGACCUCCUUAACUAACUCUCAGAUCGCCGACGGUUACCAUUGGGACAGUUAUGAUUUGGCCCAAUCGGACAAUAAACCCAUUUGUUCUUCGAAUCUGUUCGAGGUAUCAGUGAAUGAGAUCCACGACUUGGAGUCCAACUCAGACAACAGUCAAAUCGAGUUGUCGUGCAAUGGCUCGCAGGAGCGGGCGUUCAUCGAGCGGGCCGUCAGUCACGAGAGUUCACCGCUUUUGUCGCGCAAUGACCGUCCGAAUGAAGACAUUCCGUUCGCCGACACGUCGGAGCCGUCGUCCCCACAAAAGUAUCUCGACUUAUAUCUACCGAAUCUGUCGGACAACGAGUGGAGUAAUAAUAAGCGUAAGAAUAUUCUCACCUAUUCUUCGACGACGACGACCACCGACUCGAUGGCCGAUAAUAUCAAUGGUGUGGAGGAGUGCGAGAAAGCGGCCAAAGACUGCAAUAAUGGCUGCGAUUUAGACGUCGAGAGCGAGUGCGAGGAGUUUGACGAGGAGUCCAAUCAACAGUCGACUUAUGUCUAGGAGUGUAAUGAUAUGAUCUUAAAGUUACUAUUGUUUUAUCAAAAUAUUUAUUGAUUUU